CUCACAUUCAACAAACAAGUUGCCCCUCACCCAAAAAGGAAGAAAGCAAGACAAGAGAAAAAUGUACUCAAGAAAGACCCUUUGGCUUUUCCUUGCUAUUCUCUCCCUCAAAGUAACAAUCACAUUGGCCUCAGACCCUGAUCCAGUUCAAGACUUCUGCAUACCAAACCCAACUUUUGCCUCCAUAAAAACUCCUCACCACACCAUUCUCCCUUGCAAGAACUCCACAGAGGCCACCACCGAUGACUUUGUCUUCUCCGGCAUGAAAGCCGCGGGGAACUUCUCAGACAUAGGACUCGCUGUGGUAUCCGCAACUCCCACCAAUUUCCCAGGUCUCAACACUCUUGGCAUGUCGUUCACAAGAGCAGAUAUUGAAGUUGGAGGCAUCAACUCGCCGCAUUUUCACCCAAGAGCCACGGAACUUGUUCAUGUGGUGCAGGGGAAGGUGUAUGCAGGUUUUGUGGAUUCCAGCAACAGGGUGUUUGAUAGAAUGCUCGAACGAGGCGAGGUUAUGGUGUUUCCCAGAGGGCUUAUGCAUUUUCUGAUGAAUGUUGGUGAUGAGCCUGCAACGCUGUUUGGAAGUUUCAAUAGCCAGAAUCCUGGUAUGCAGAAGAUACCUUCUGCUGUGUUUGGUUCCGGGAUUGAUGAGGAGCUUUUGCAAAAGGCUUUUGGAUUGAGUUCUAAGCAGAUUGGAACCAUGAGAAGGAAAUUUGAUCCCAAACAAGCUAGGUAGGUAGAUCACUAAAAAAGAUAGUCCUCUUCUGCAUUUCCUCUCAGAGUUUGAGUUAUAUCUUGGGGUUUAAGUUUUCUUUCUUCUUUCUUUGUUUUGAGUUUUUUCAAAAUCCCACCCCUUCUCCCACUGUGUUAUUACCAUUGUACUACUACUAUAAAUGAAGAAUGGAGUGCAGUUAGUUCA